CAGAGAUUCGACAAAGACAGAUAGCAUUCUCCCAACGGGAGCAGGCCGCCGCAUACGCUCGCGCUGCAACCCGACCAGAACCAUCACCCUUCUUUUGGCUCCCAUUGCAAGCCACAUUGCGAGCCACCAUGUCCCCCCAAGCGGUCAACCCCAAUGUAUUCCAGCUCCUGGUAACUGGCAAAGCCGAAAUUCCACACCCCGCCGAACGAGCUUUGAUCAACGUGUCCGUCUCAAGCUCCGGGAACAAGAAAGCCGUGGUGUCAGAAGAAGUCCUCACGACAGCUCGACACAUCGAAGCGCUACUCCGACCUCUCUGUCCCAAAGACGAGAGCCAGGAAGCCAAAACUGCAGCUCCCUUGGCCCACUGGUCCAAAACCUCACUGAGCUCGACAUCAUACGUUCCCUACAAUCACAAGAAUCCCGAUAAAGAACUUUCCCGUAUCUACAACGCAAGCGUGAACUUCGAUAUCCGAUUUCGAGAUUUUGUUGCUCUGGGCUCAUUCGGCACGAAACUAUCUAGUUUGGCUCAUGUCGAAGUGCAGAAUAUCAAUUGGAUCCUGACAGAGGCGACGCUUAAAUCAUUCAAAUCGCAAUUGAGAAAGGAAGCUACACAGGACGCAAUCCAGAAGGCGAAGGACUAUUGUGAGGUGCUUGGAUGUACGAAUGUGAGGCCGAUUGAGUUACAAGAAGGCGAUGCGAGAGAUGUCAUGAGCUCUGGAUGGGGAAGUUCUGGUGCUGCGGCAGCGAGAGGCGGGGGACUGUUUGGCUCGGGCCCUGGGGCUAUGGCUUCGAUGAGCAUGCAGAGUGCCCCGGCUGCGAGAAGGGCGGGACCGCAGGCUGGUGAGCAGGUGCAAGCGGAGGACUUGAGUUUCGAUGCCCAGGAAGUGAAGAUGGCGAUGGAUGUCACCGUGAAGUUCCAUGCGGAUCAUGCUGUGUAGAGAGUGGCUUUGCAGCGUACCUUUGUCCAGGAUU